UUGUUCUGUGACAUUAUCUGAGUCGAUUUACUUCUGCUUGCCUGUGUGUGCAUUAUAGGAGUGGGUUGGGCUUGAAUACUUGGCAAGAUCCUUCUGUGAUCUGAUUAUUCUUACAGAAUAUUCAUAAGGCACUGUCAUGUGGAACAUUCUGCUUGUGAGAGGAGAAUUGUCACUAUGUAGAGGGUAUUUAAGGCUGAGUGACUAGAUGACAUCAUUAGGGAGAGCGUGAAGAGAACACCAAAAGAACGCAGGACCAGGCUUUGAAUAACUCCAAGAAGUAGAAGCAGAAGGAGCUGUCAACGGAAGAGAGAGCGAUUGCCUCACCCAGGGAGCUCCUCCAGAGUUACUGAUCUAUGAAAUGGCAGAAAAUGGAAAAAACUGUGACCAGAGACGUGUAGCAAUGAGUAAGGAGCAGCAUAAUGGGAGUUUUCCAGACCCCUCUUCAGUAUAUGAAAAGAAGAGAAGGGAUCGGGAAGAAAGACAGAAUAUUGUCCUGUGGAGACAGCCGCUCAUUACCUUGCAGUAUUUUUCUCUGGAAACUCUUGUAGUUUUGAAGGAAUGGACCUCAAAAUUGUGGCAUCGUCAGAGCAUUGUGGUGUCUUCUCUCCUGCUGCUUGCUGUGCUUAUCGCUACGUAUUAUGUGGAAGGAGCGCACCAACAGUAUGUGCAGCGGAUAGAGAAGCAGUUUCUUUUGUAUGCCUACUGGAUAGGCUUGGGGAUUUUGUCCUCUGUUGGACUUGGAACAGGAUUGCACACCUUCCUGCUUUAUCUGGGCCCACACAUAGCUUCAGUUACAUUAGCUGCUUAUGAAUGCAAUUCGGUUAAUUUCCCUGAGCCACCCUAUCCUGACCAGAUUAUCUGUCCACAUGAAGAAGGCAUCGAAGGAGCCGUUUCUUUGUGGAGUAUCAUCUCAAAAGUUAGAAUUGAGGCCUGCAUGUGGGGUAUUGGUACAGCCAUUGGAGAGCUGCCUCCAUAUUUCAUGGCCAGGGCAGCUCGCCUCUCAGGCACUGAACCAGAUGAUGAAGAGUAUCAGGAAUUUGAAGAGAUGCUGGAACAUGCAGAGAGUGCACAAGACUUUGCAUCACGGGCAAAACUGGCAGUUCAAAAUCUAGUACAGAAGGUUGGAUUUUUUGGAAUUUUGGCCUGUGCUUCUAUUCCAAAUCCCCUGUUUGACCUGGCUGGAAUAACAUGUGGACACUUCCUUGUGCCAUUUUGGACCUUCUUUGGUGCAACCCUGAUUGGAAAAGCAAUCAUUAAAAUGCAUAUUCAGAAAAUCUUCGUUAUAAUAACUUUCAGCAAGCACAUCGUGGAACAGAUGGUGGCUUUCAUUGGAGCUGUGCCCGGCAUAGGUCCGUCUCUGCAGAAGCCUUUUCAGGAGUACCUGGAGGCGCAGCGCCAGAAGCUCCACCACCGAAGCGAAGUGGGCACCCCGCAGGGAGAAAACUGGUUGUCCUGGAUGUUUGAGAAGCUGGUCGUCGUGAUGGUGUGUUACUUUAUCCUGUCUAUUAUUAACUCCAUGGCACAAAGUUAUGCCAAACGAAUCCAGCAGCGCUUGAACUCAGAGGAGAAAACUAAAUAAGCAGAGAAAGUUUUUCUUUGCAGAAGUUAGCAUGGAGGGGGCCUGCCUUACAUUGGGAGGGCUCCAACCAGGAAGGAAGAUCCCCUCUUCCAGCCUGUAUUGAUUUUUAAAGCAUUCUUCCUGAAGCAGUUUAGUCCGUAUUUUACACUGACAUCCUUUUCCUUUAUGUGUUAAGGUAAGGUCUCCACCCUCCGUUCAAUCCACAUGUAUUUCCUUAGGGUGGAUGUGAUACUCUGCUGCAGACUCAACCAAAAUUGGCCUUCUGUUAACGUUCAAGGGCCACAUGGUACAAUUGGAGAACCCCUGCCACCCAAACAUUCUAAAGUAUGUUAAAUAUGACAGGCUUUUUAGGCUUGUCACAAAUGAUUGUUUUUUCUAAGUCAUCAAAUGUAUAUAAGUUAUAUAUAUUGGAUAGCAGUCUUGCAUGUCUAUCAUGGAACAAUUGAAUAUGCCUUCCUUUCCCACCCUCAAAAAGGCCAUUUUAUGAUGCAUUGCACACCCUCUGGGGAAAUUGAUCUUUAAAUUUUGAGACAGUAUAAGGAAAAUCUGGUUGGUGUCUCACAAAUGAGUACACCAUUUUUUAUUCUGUAUAUUUAGAAUGAAGUCGUGAAAACCUUUAUAAAGACAUCUUUGAUCAUUCCGAAA